ACAACACUGAAAUUAUCGAUGACAAUUUCAAUACAUAUUGUUUUGCGAAUUUUCUAAUCAUAACUUUCAGCUGACUAUUGUUUAUUCUGGGAACUCAGAAAAUAAAAAAGAUUCAAGGAGCAGCGGAAAAUAUUCCAGAACAUGUUUCGAUCAAGUUUUGACAAGAACUUAGAAAAUGCCACAAGCCAUUUACGUUUGGAGCCCGACUGGCCCUCAAUUCUUCUUAUUUGCGAUGAAAUCAACCAGAAAGAUGUCACCCCAAAGAAUGCUUUUGCUGCAAUUAAGAAAAAAAUGAAUUCCCCCAAUCCGCACUCUGCGUGUUAUUCUCUUUUGGUCCUGGAAAGCAUAGUGAAGAACUGUGGAGCUCCAGUGCAUGAGGAGGUGUUCACCAAAGAGAACUGCGAGAUGUUCAGCAGCUUCUUGGAAUCCACUCCUCACGAGAAUGUGCGACAGAAGAUGCUGGAACUAGUCCAGACAUGGGCCAACGCCUUUCGAUCCUCGGACAAAUAUCAAGCCAUCAAAGAUACCAUGACCAUUCUGAAGGCCAAGGGUCACACAUUCCCUGAGCUGCGAGAGGCGGAUGCCAUGUUUACGGCUGAUACUGCGCCCAACUGGGCAGACGGAAAAGUUUGCCAUCGCUGCCGGGUAGAGUUUAGCUUUACCAAUCGCAAACACCAUUGCCGUAACUGUGGCCAGGUCUUCUGUGGUCAAUGUACGGCCAAGCAAUGUCCUUUGCCCAAGUAUGGAAUCGAGAAGGAUGUACGUGUGUGCGACGGUUGUUUUGUGGCCCUCCAACGUCCGACCAGUGGCAUUAAAUCUGGAUCUCGGGUGGCGGACAGUGACCUGCCAGCGGAGUAUUUAAACAGUUCAUUGUCUCAGCAAGUGCAAACUCCGGCCCGAAAAAGCGAGGAAGAACUAAAGGAGGAGGAGGAACUUCAGCUAGCACUGGCCCUUAGCCAAUCUGAAGCCGAGCAGCAGAAGCAGAAGCAACAAUCCCUGACAGCCGCAGCAGCUGCCUAUAGAAUGCCACAGCGUUCUCCAAGUCCUGAGGCACCGCCUGCCCCAAAGGAAUAUCAACAACCUAUAGAGGAGACAAGCAAUCCAGAGCUAGCCAAGUAUUUGAAUCGUAGCUAUUGGGAGCAACGCAAAAUAAGCGAGUCCUCCUCGAUGGCUAGCCCAUCAGCUCCAAGUCCCAUGCCGCCAACACCACAACCUCAGCAGAGUAUCUCUCUUCAAGCUAAAAGUGCCGAUGAAGUCCAAAUCGACGAUUUCGCAUCCAACAUGCGCACACAAGUGGAAAUUUUUGUAAAUCGGAUGAAAUCCAACUCGAGCCGUGGACGAAACAUCUCUAAUGACUCUUCAGUCCAGACCCUCUUUAUGACCCUGACUUCUUUGCAUUCUCAGCAGUUAUCGUACAUUAAAGAAAUGGACGACAAGCGGAUGUGGUACGAGCAGUUGCAGGACAAACUUACCCAGAUUAAGGACUCGAGAGCAGCGCUUGACCAGUUGCGCCAGGAGCAUGUAGAGAAGUUGCGACGCAUUGCCGAGGAGCAGGAGCGCCAGCGUCAAAUGCAAAUGGCCCAGAAAUUGGAGAUUAUGCGUCAGAAAAAGCAGGAAUAUUUGCAAUACCAGCGUCAGUUAGCUCUAAAGCGCAUUCAGGAGCAGGAACGUGAGAUGCAACUGCGACAGGAGCAACAGAAGGCUCAGUAUUUGAUGGGCCAGGCAGCACCACCAUUUCCCUAUUUACCGCCUUCGUCGGUGCCUCAACAUGGAUCGCCUUCACAUCAACUAAACAAUGUUUACAAUCCCUAUGCUGCCUGUAUUCCAGGAUAUCCAGGAGGUGCCACAGGACAGGCCCCCGCUCCCAAUGGUCAUGGACAGUUCCAGGGUAUUCCACCUGGUAUUUACAAUCCGGCCAUGACCCAGCAAAUACCAGCAAAUAUUCCACAGCCUGGUGGAUUGAUGCAGCAACCACCGGCCCAGCCGGGUAAUGGACAAAUGGUACCGCCCAUGCCCGAAAAUCAAUUUACCAAUAAUCCAGCAAUCCUGCAGCAGGCACCAGGUCAACCGGCGCAACAUCAGCUACAGGUUCAACAACCUCAGACGCUUCCGGUGCAACCACAGCCAAUCCCAGGACAACCACAGCCAAUCGCAGGCCAGCCCCAGCAGCAACACCAACCGAUUCCAGUUCAUCAGCCCCCACAAGCACAAUUGUCUCACGUAAUGUUGCAGCAGCAACAGUUAGCCCAAUCCCAUCCGGCUCUCGCAAAUCAGCCUGCUCCACCAGUACAGGCACCACCACCAGUGACCGAAACUUCGAUCUCCCAAGUUUUGGCGGUGACGGCUGCCCCACUUCCGCCACAAAACGAUCCUGAUCCGGCACCUCAAAAAUCGGCUGAACCAGCCACAGCCGAAUUAAUUAGUUUCGACUGAGCCAGAAUGUGUUAUUUCUUUUGAGUCGGUUGUAACAGUUCUCGUAUAGAUUUUAGACUUAAAAAAUGUGUUAAAAAUACUGGUUCCACUAUUUCAAUUUAAAACCAAGCUACUUUAAAAAGUUAGAUAAAUAUAAAAAUUGUUCAGUUAAUUGCGGUUAUUAGUUACUAUUUAAAAGGAUUUAGUUCAAAGGACACGAAUGUAAAAUUUUUAGUUAAAUGAAAAAUUGUGAAAAAUGGAAUGGAAGUAGUUUGAAAAGACAUACUAAUCUUAUACGAGAUCUGUUAAUACCGGAAAGGACUCAUGAGGUCCAUUAUAUUUUAACCAAGUCAUGUUAUCCGAAAUAAACAUAUUCUUUGUAUUUAAAAUCGA